AUGACGAGUCGCCCAGAUUGCAGUCGUAUCGUCGAGCUACUUCUCAGUCACGGCGCCGAUCCGAAUUCUCGCUACCCUCAAACCACAAUCGCCCAUCGAGUUUUGGAAAGGAGAGGUUCAAACCCCAGCACGUUGUACAGAAAGCGGAAUGUGUAUCUCGACUUGAUUCUUCGGCACCCACUACUCGAUGUCAAUCUUCAAGAUGGGGAGGGCAUCGCAUUGAUUCACACUGCAUUGGAAUUGGGGGAUGCAGAAGCUGCAAGAAUACUGAUCGGCAGAGGCGCCGAUCUUCGUUGCAGGGACGAUUGCGGUAGAAAUAUCCUUCAUCUGAUAUCUGCUGACGAUUUUGGAAUCGACCUCGUACAGUAUAUCAUUGCUAUAGCACCAUACCUUCAGUAUCAGUACGACGUGAACGGCAGGACACCACUUCACUAUGCGAUAGAUUGCCAAAAACCAGGAAACCCGAGAGACGAGGUCAAACUUUUAAUCUCUGCGGGAGUCGAUGUUACCGUCCAAGAUGCCAAUGGUGAUACACCGCUUCACAUACUCUUCAACAGGCCGUUCCUUCUCGUUGCAGACUACUACGGCGAUGCGGUCUGGCAGGGCUUCGUCAAGAAUACAAUAGACUCACUGCUCUCCCAAGGAGCAGAUAUCAACGCGCGGAACAAAUCCGGGGAAACGCCUGCAUUCGGCUACUUCCGUACGAACAGGUUCAAGGUUGAUCUCAGCUGGGCGAAGUUAGAUGAAGAGAGGCAUACCCUGUCUCAGAAAUGGGGUGGUGACAGAUGGAAGGUCAAUAAAGAACUUGAAAAGCAGAUCGUGGAGGAGGUGGAGCCGAAGAUUUGGGCGCUUUUUGAUGAGAUGGGAGUGGAUUGGUCGGUUGUUGAUGCCAAAGGUCGGUCUCUGCUUCAUGUUGUUGCUGGUCAAGAACAAUCAUUCAGAAGGGUGGCUAGGUUCCAGGUUCUGGUGCGUAAAGGAUUGGAUCCUAUGGCAGAAGACAUGCAAGGUCGAACUGCGCUAGAUCUUGCGACGCAUAGAAAGGCAGACGACAUUUUGUCAUUGUAUGAGGCUGGGCAGGGGAUUGACUUUUAG